CGUCUUCAAAGAAGACGCUAGGAAGUGGAGAGCAGAGAAAGCUCAGGAUCAGGAUAUCAGGAUCAGGGAAAUCUUUAGUUGCUGAGAAAAUAUGCCUUUCAGAGAUGUUUCACUUGGGGGGCCACAGGAUGCCACGCACCCCUCAGCACUGAAAGCCGCUUUAGCGGAGUUCAUUUCUACUCUCAUCUUUGUUUUUGCAGGGGAGGGCUCUGGCAUGGCCUUCGCUAAGCUAACGAACGACGCAUCGACAACACCUGCGGGGCUCGUGGCCGUUGCUCUUGCGCACGCAUUCGGGCUUUUCGUUGCCGUUGCAGUGGGCGCUAACAUUUCCGGAGGCCACGUCAACCCGGCGGUUACGUUCGGCGCCUUCGUUGGCGGUCAUAUCUCUCUUCUUAAGGGAAUUCUCUACUGGAUUGCGCAACUGCUGGGUGCCACCGUGGCAUGCGGGCUGUUGAAGUUUACAACAGGCGGUUUGACCACGUCGGCAUUCUCGCUGUCGUCUGGCGUAGGGACGUGGAACGCCGUGGUGUUUGAGAUUGUGAUGACGUUUGGGCUUGUGUACACCGUGUAUGCCACGGCGGUCGACCCGAAGAAGGGGAACAUUGGGAUUCUUGCCCCCAUCUGUAUUGGUUUCAUCGUGGGCGCUAACAUUUUGGCCGGAGGGGCUUUCGAUGGGGCUUCCAUGAAUCCUGCUCGAGCAUUUGGGCCUGCGCUGGUGAGCUGGUCGUGGGCAGGACACUGGAUUUACUGGGUCGGGCCCCUAAUUGGGGGUGGUCUUGCUGGUAUUGUCUAUGAACUGUUCUUUUUAGAGGAGCCAACUCAUCAGCCUCUCGCUUCUCAGGAAUACUGAUGAUGAUGACGCAGAAAGCUGCAAACUUUUGCCAAUAAAGUGGGUUUUGUGUGCCAUAUUAUUAGUCAUCUGGGAAAGAAUGCCGAGAGUCUGUUGGCGGUGCACAGAUUCAAAGUUUGUUGUGAUUGUGUAGAUUGCGUAGAGAGUCUUGGUCAUUGGACUUUUGUGAAGAUUGUAUUAAUUUGGAGUUAAAGUUAGAAAUUUAAUGGGUAAAUGAUUCUGUCGCUUUGUGACUUAA